UGUUAUGUAAUCUUUCACAAACGCGACAGCGCUCACGGAGUGUACCAGAUACUGCAUGUAGCGUGUGCUAUAAGCGUGUGGCAAAAGCCAUGUCAGUGAGCGUUCCGCUUCAGCUCAGCAUGUUGUCGUUUUUCUGGAGAAACGGAGUGGAGACGCCGGAGCCGCUUAAAGCAGACGUGACAGGCUCCAUCCCGCCAUGGCUUCAAGGGACACUUUUGCGGAAUGGUCCUGGUCUGUUCUCAGUUGGUAACAGUUCAUACAAGCACUGGUUUGAUGGAAUGGCACUCAUCCACAGUUUCACGUUUAAAGAUGGGGAAGUAUUUUACAGAAGUAAAUUCUUGAAGAGUGAAACGUACAAAAAGAACAUGGCUUCCAAUAGGAUUGUUGUGUCUGAAUUCGGAACCAUGGUUUAUCCAGAUCCCUGCAAGAACAUAUUCUCCAAAGCCUUCAGUUACAUGAUGAACGCCAUUCCGGAUUUCACAGAUAAUAAUCUCAUUAACAUCAUAAGAUAUGGUGAAGAUUAUUACGCAUCAUCAGAAGUGAACUACAUUAACCAAAUUGACCCAAUGACACUUGAAACAUUAGGAAGAACUAACUACAGAAACCACAUCGCUAUCAACUUGGCAACUGCACACCCUCACUAUGAUGAAGAAGGAAACACGUACAACAUGGGCACUGCCAUAAUGAACUUCGGCAGACCGAAAUAUGUUAUUUUUAAGGUGCCUGCCAAUGCCACAGAUGGAGAGAAGAAACAGCCAGCCCUCAGGAAGGUGGAACAAAUUUGCUCUAUUCCCUUCCGCUCUACCUUGUACCCGAGCUACUUCCACAGCUUCGGCAUGACGGAGAACUACAUUAUCUUUGUGGAGCAGGCCUUCAAGCUGGAUAUCCUCAAACUGGCCACAGCCUACUUCAGAGAUGUCAACUGGGGCAGCUGCCUGAAAUUCGACAGAGAUGACAUUACACUGAUUCAUCUGGUCAACAGGAAGACUGGGAAAACUGUGGGCACGAAAUACUAUGCAGACCCAUUUGUCAUCUUCCAUCACAUCAAUGCUUAUGAGGAAGAUGGCCAUGUUGUUUUUGACUUGAUUACAUACCAGGACAGCAAUCUGUAUGAUAUGUUCUACAUACACAACAUGAAGCAGGAUGUUGACAAGUUUAUAGAGACCAACAAGGACUUAUCUCGACCAAUAUGUCAACGGUUUGUCCUUCCUCUCAACAUAGACAAGGAAACUCCACCAGACACCAACCUGGUCAAGUUGCAGGACACAACAGCCACAGCAGUGCUAAAGCCUGAUGGCUCCAUCUACUGCACCCCUGACACUAUUUUUGAAGGUUUAGAAUUACCAGGGAUCAACUACAAAUUCAACAGUAAGAAGUACAGGUACUUCUAUGGCACCAGGGUGGAGUGGUCACCAUAUCCAAGCAAGAUUGCAAAAGUGGACAUAGCUACCAGGACACAUCAAGUGUGGAUCGAGGAGGAAUGUUACCCAUCUGAGCCAGUGUUUGUAGCAUCCCCAGGUGCUGCUGAAGAAGAUGAUGGUGUUAUCUUGUCUUCUGUGGUUUCGUUUAAUCCCCAAAAGCCUCCUUUCCUUGUGGUCCUGGAUGCGAAGUCCUUUAAAGAGAUUGCUCGUGCUACCAUUGAUACUGCUAUUCAUAUGGACCUGCAUGGGUUUUUCAUCCAUGAUAAGUCUACCUAAAAUGGACAUCUAAAAAAAAAACAAAAAUCUAAAAACCCCUUUUGAGGCUGUAGGAUUUACAAAAUAAUUCUUAUUUGUUUAUUUUUUUUAAAGAUAUAUGUAAGAAAUACAAAAAGAGAAUAAGUUAUUCUUUAUUGAUGAUUUUUUCACAAUCACUUAUAUUAUAAUUGUAUUAUAUAUGUACAGACAUUCUGUAAAAAAAAGAUUUUUUUUACAUGGUAACAGGAUUAUAUAAAAUGAUCUCUCCUUAAUCGUUUGAGACAGUUACAGUUGUGACAGAAAAAUAUAGCUUAAAGCUGUAAAAUGUGUAAUUUAUUGUUUCUAAUCUAGUGUCAUACACUAUGAAUAUUGUUGGCUCUAUGCUAAAUUUAUUUUUAAGUGUCUGCUAAGUUAAUUAUUAUAAUAAUUUUAUAAAUAUCCUGUUUUAUAAACAGCUUAUUGUGAUACAUGCAAUGCACACUACCAGUCAAAAGUUUUAGAAUUUUUAAAUACAUCUCUUCUGCUCACCAAGCCUGCAUUUAUUUGAUCCAAAGUACAGGAAAAACUAUUUUACUAUUUAAAAUAACUGUUUUUUUUUUUAUGUAUUUUAAAAUGUAACUUAUUCCUGUGGUCAAAGCAAAAUUUUCAGCAUCAUUACUCCAGUCUUCAGUGUCACAUGAUCCUUUAUUCAGAAAUCAUUCUAAUAUGCUGAUUUGCUGUUCAAGAAACAUUUAUUAUUAUUAUUAUUAUUAUUAUUAUUUAAUUAUUAUUAUCAAUAUUUAAAACAGUUGAGUUUUUUCAGGAUUCUUUGAUGACUAGAAAGAUCCAAAGAUCAGCAUUUUUCUGAAAUAAAAGCUUUUGGAACAUUAUACACUACACCAUUCAAUUAUUAUUUUGUAUUUAACUAAUAGAAAUUAAAAAAGAAAUUACAGAAAUUAAUACUUUUAUUUAGCAAGGAUGCUUUAAAUUGAUCAAAAGUGACGAUAAAGACACUUAUAAUGUUACAAAAGAUUUCAGUUUCAGAUAAAUGCUGUUAUUUUGAAACUUCUAUUUAUCAAAGAAACCUGAAAAAUUGUUUCCAACAUAAUAAUAAUAAAAAUGUUUUUUUUUUUUUUUUUUUUUUUUUUUUGAGCAAUAAAUGAGAAUAUUAGAAUGAUUUCUGAAGAAUCAUGUGACUGGAGUAAAUGAUGCUAAAAAUUGUCACAGUUCUGUCUGUUUGCUUUCUUAGUUUCUCCCAUUGUCUCCCCCGGCCGAUCUGUCUACUUUGGUUUAGUCCCUGUUAGCGUUAUCUGGUUCACCUGUCUGUCAUUAUUAGUUAGCCUUUAUAAAUCUGUCUUUGUCAUGAGUUCCCUGUCGGUCUUUAUUGUUGAUUUGAGUUUCAGUGUGUGUGGAUAUCGCUCUGUGUUCCUGCCUGUUCCUCUUGAAAGUAAUUAAAAUAAGAUUUGUUUCGUACGUUGUAUCCUGUCUUCCAUCCAGCACCAGCAAACGUAACAAAAAUUAAGAAAAGAGAAAGAUUUCUUUAGUAUGAACUGUUGUUCCUUGCAAUUUUUUAACUCCUUUCACAUUCAAUGUUUCAUAUACAGUAUUAGUCUUGUUAUGCGUUCUUUAACUACUGCUGAAUAUGUGCCUAUAAUAUUCAGAUCUUUACCUAAUUUAAC